AUGCCUCCAAAGCGCAGUGCGCGCAGUGCGAAAGCACCUCCGAAACCGCGGGCCGUAGGGCCGAAGACCAGGGCGGCCAAGGCCAAGGACGAGUCGUCCGCGCUGAUGGAGGCCACGAAGGCGGCCGAGGAGGUGGUGCGCUCUCGUAGCAGCACGCCGGAGAGUGGCCGUCAGGCCGGGGCUCGGAGCAAGGGUUCCUAUGAGCGUGCUCUUGUUGACAAAGAGCCUCUCUUUCUUGGUGACGUUGAAGUCGCCCGGUGUGUGCUACUAGCACCACACAAGCUCACACUGAAGGAGUUCACCACGCUUCGCAAGAAGCCGGAGGACAAGGGUGGACUCCAUCCUGUGUGGGGUUUCCACUGGGUCAAGCCGAAUGACAACAUGACCUGGAGCGAGGUGGAAGACCUCUUCUGGCGCUACGUCCAGCGCAAAGGGUAUUCCGACCAAGAGUUCAAAGAACUCCGUGAGGAUCGCACUCUGUCCGCAAUCCUGGACGUGCGCGAGCUCCGCAUCGAGUUCGCUCAACUCGUGAGCAAGCGCAAGCUCCACUCGAAAAUGGACGAGCUGAAGCAAGAGGCGAGAGCCAAAGCUCGUGAAGAGCAUGGGCGUGGUGCGACUACGUCUGCUACCGUGCCCCGGGUACCGGCCAAGAAGCCAAGGACUACUUACGAAGCUGCCGCUGCUUCUCGUCCCAUAUCGCAACAGCCUUCGGGCAGUCUGUCUGGAGCUGCUCAACGGGCUCCCACGCGUUACCCGACUCAGGGUAACCCCUCCACUUCACGAGCAGCUAGCGCUUGCCAUGGAGCCGCAGCUCCCGGACGACUCGUUCCACGUGGUAGUGGAUCUGCCCAUUACGAUCAAGGAGGGCCGGCGGUGGCCUCGCACGGCCAUGGCUACGAGCCUGAGGCGACGCAGCCGUAUGCUGGGGCCCCGAGUCAGGUGGUGGCCCUGCAGCAAGAGGAGAUUCGUCUUCUCCGGGACCGUGUGUACGUCCUCGAGAUCGCGCUUGGCGUCGGCCUUGGUGGCGAGGCUGCCGCUCGUGCUGGCCAGCCUGGUGCCGUGGAGCGGCUCCGUGAGGAUGUUGCCUCGCUCUAUCAAGAAAUUCGCAGUCUCCAUGGCCGUGUGGAUCGUCGAGCCGACCUGUCGUCUUACGACUCGCUGCGAAACCAGCUCGCUCGCCUUCGGGCCGAGCUUCAUGGCCACGCGCCGUAUCCGGAGCAGCAGCAGCCCCACUCGUAUCAGGCCCAGUUUGGCCAGGGCUCGUACGGGGCCCCUGCGUAUGCUGCUCCGAUGUACGCCGCGCCGUCUUACGACCAG